CUUGAAUGCGCUUCCCCUCUUCUUCCUUUUCUUUCCUCUUUUCUGUGUUUCUGAAUCAAUCACUUGUACAGACCAAUUCACCCUCGCCACAAUGUCGCCGUCGCGAGAAGACCAAGCAAUGCAUCAACUGCAGUCACAACAAUCCAAAUUACUGGACAAAAUCGACGAACUCCGCACUAUCGGAGUCGGCGGUCUCGUCGAAUUGCCACAAUUGAUUGUCUGUGGCAACCAAUCCAGUGGGAAGAGUUCGGUUCUCGAGGCGAUCUCGCGAGUACGCUUCCCGGCAAAGAGUAACGUCUGCACGCGUUUUGCGACCGAGGUUAUUCUUCGUCGCGGCAAACAGCCAAAAAUCAAGGUCUCGAUCGAACCGGGCGAGUCGAGAACAAACGAAGCAGAACGCCAGAAACUCCGCAACUUCGCGCCCGAGGCGUUUUCCAGCAGUGUGGAUCUGCCUAGGCUCAUUGAACAAGCGAAGGAAUGCAUGGGCAUCAGUGAUGAAGACACAGUCAACUCCGGGUUUAGCGAUGACGUGUUGAAGGUCGCAAUCUCAGGCCCCGAUAAACCGGAGUUGACUCUUGUUGACCUGCCCGGGCUAUACUACUCAACUAGUCGUGAUCAGGGGGCAAGGGGGAUCAAGAUCGUCCGAGAUUUGACGGAGAAGUACAUGAAGAAUACGCGCACCAUCAUCCUUGCGGUAAUCAGUGCGAAAACGGAUUAUCAUCUGCAGGAAGUACUGAACAUAGCAGAGCGAUUUGACAGCAAACGCGAGCGGACGCUGGGUAUUAUCACGCAGCCGGACAUUCUCGAAGCCGACUCGGAGGAGGAAAGCAAUUACCUGCAGUUCAUGCGAAACGAGAAGAUAGACUUGCGCCUCGGAUGGCAUACGCUGCGUAACCGGUCCUUUGAAACACGCGACAUCUCCGACGAUUCGCGAGAUGAGAGGGAAAGGAUAUUCUUCGAGCAGGGCCGGUGGGCGUCACUUUCGCGCGACUGCGUGGGAGUCGAUAGUCUCCGACGCCGGCUGAGCAGCGUUUUACUGCAGCACGUUCGUCGCAAUCUUCCAGGUCUGAUCGCUGAUAUCCAGGAUAAGAUUGCCGACCGGCAGCGGAGGUUGGCGAAGCUGGGAGCUGCACGGUCGACCCUCCAGCAGCAACGAGGCUUUCUCCUUGGUAUAAGCAGCAGUUUUGAACGCAUCACGAGUCAAGCCCUGAAUGGAAUGUAUGCGGACGAAUUCUUUGGUGAAUUUGGCGAUGAUGCGCAGGAUUCUCAGGACUUCCGUCGGCUCCGAGCAGUUAUCCGGGAGCUGAAUGAAUGCUUUGCCGACGCCAUGAACACUCGUGGUUCUCGUCGGAUUUUUAAGGGGUGGUUUGACCAGGGCUAUGACUUAGAACAGAAGAAGCAAAAAAUGUACAUGGAAAACUGGUCACCAGAAUACAUCACUCGUGAAGCACUUGAGAAGGAAAUAGGCGAACAGGCACGCAAGAACCGUGGAAUCGAGCUGCCAGGAAGUGCAAACCAGUUACUUGUAGGCAGCUUGUUCCGGGAUCAGUCCAAGCCGUGGGAGGAAAUCGCUCGGUUACACUUAUUGAAUACCUGGGAGUCGGUGAAGUACUUUGUUUGCCUUCUCCUCCGGCACCUUACAAAUGAACCUACAUACACACUACUGGUGGGCACGGUUCUUGCCCCCCAGCUGGAGCGGAUGAAGGAUGGUUUGUUAAACAAGCUGGGGGAGCUGACAGCCUAUACGAAGCGCGGCCAUCCCUUGCCCGUUGGAAAGAGCUUUUUGUCUAAAAUCCAAGCGGCCCGAACGCACCGCCAGAUUGCGGCGCUGAGGAAGGGCCUAGGCCUUUCUCAUCCAGCUUAUGCACGAAAGGAUAGUCCUGAGUCAUUCGAUGCCGAUGAUCUAGAUAGGGCUGCCUCCGAGCUUCGAUCGUCCAGCGAUCAAUUCGCAGCCGCAGAGAUCAUCGACCAGAUGCAGGCAUACUACGAUACGAGCAUUGUCACCUUCGUAGACAACAUUGCAACCCUUGCCAUUGAGAAUUGCCUUCUCGGACCAUUAGAACGAAUAUUCACCAGCCAAACUGUCAAUAACAUGGAGGACCAGCAGAUUCGCGAGCUUGCCGAAGAGCCGCCACAUGUUCAGCAAGAGCGACAACGUCUGAAUCAAGAGUUGAACAGGCUACAGGCAGGUUUGAACACUUUCAACAUCUUCAGCACUGAGAGCUCCACAUUACAGCCACCGCCUAUAUUUGAGAAGCCGGCCUUAGGCCUGCCAUCUCUUUUCCCAAGCCUGGAUCCAAUUGCUCUACGCAGGAAGAGCAAGCCAAACUCCAAACCACACUCGGUUCCUACAAAGAGCGGUCCUCCUCCGCCUGUGGCGUCAGGCGGCAACAGCAACAGUAACACUACAGCUUUUUCAACACAUAAUCUAGGCCCAACAUUCGGAACACCCUCCUCCAACAGUACCGGUCAUCUGUUCAGCGGAAGCUCUGGCACUGGAGAUGAUUCCAAUGCUAAAAAUGCCAACAAUGAAAAGUCUCUAUUUGGUUUCGGGGAUUCUCUCACAACGGAUACUCCCAGACCCUCAGAAGGAUUAUUCGGCUCAUCACCGUUCUCUAAAGCAGAUGCCGCUAAGCCCUCGGUAGGAACAGGACAGGGAUUUUUUAGGACACCCAGCUUCGGCCAACCCGUCCGUGGUUCCAGCCCUUUUGGGUCCAGAGAUACCACGAAGCCGUUCUCUAAAGCAGAUGUCACUAAACCCUCAGCAGGGACAGAACAGGGUUUGUUUGGGACACCCAGCUUCGGCCAAACCGUCCGUGGUUCCAGCCCUUUUGGGUCCAGAGAUACCACGAAGCCGUUCUCUAAAGCAGAUGCCACUAAACCCUCAGCAGGGACAGAACAGGGUUUGUUUGGGACGCUCGGUCAAACCGCCGAUGGUCCCAGCCUUUUUGUGUCCAGAGAUACCACUGCCAAAUACGACCCCGGAAAACCUCCAGCCACGGAGGGACUCCACCGGUAGGACGAAUUAAGUCUCCAGGCACACGGACCGAGCAUGUUUCUAAUCGUUGUUGUCCGUGGCAAGAAUCAUCGUCUCUGGCGACCCGCCUUUAGACGAAUUGUUUGACAAGUAUCAUCACAUUUGUUUCAUCCGUGGCUUUAGUAAAUAUUCUCCCGAGGAACUGCGACUUGGGGACUACGCGCGAGGCUUGAGGUUCGCCACUGACAAGGUUGCUUGGUGACAGGCCUGUCUUUCUAAAGUUCGAGAGGUUUUAGCUUUGUGUACAGGUGUCUGGAGAAUAAACAAUAUCACAAAUUCUAAUAGUGAGCAUAAUAGAGUCGGAUCAUGUAACAAUCAUUUCAUUGGACCUUCGUCAGGAACCAGAGUAGAGCUUGAGCUGCCAAUUACAAUCAUCAAAGUCUCCAGCCAUACAUGUUUGGGUGUCCCGCAGUUUCUUCAAUCCAGUAAUAUCCCAAAGGUGCGACGGCUAGACCACAGCCAAUCCACAGAGCAUCUG